AUGGCUAUCAGCGGCGUCGGAAUGUCCGCGUGCUGCCUGUCCGGCAAGCUCGCACAAGGCACGCCCACAGGCCGAGAAGAAAAGGUCGGCGGUGUGGACACGUACAUCGCCGAGCCGCAAGGCGGAAGCAAGUCCAAGACUGUAGUAUUCCUCGUCGACAGUACGAACCCUCCCACCCGAUGCCUCAUCCGACAGGAAGUUUUUCACUAACACGUUCCACAGUCUUCGGCUGGAAACUCCCCAACGUCCGCCUCCUCGCCGACAACUACGCCAAAGCCGGCUUCUACGCGUACAUCCCCGACGCGCACACCGGCGACUCCCUCCCCAGCGCCUUCCUCGACACCGUCGAACCCCCCUUGCCCAAGCGCGAAACUCUCACCGUCGUCGACAAAGCCGCCGCCACCGCCCAAGUCGGCGCCACCCUCGGCCCCUGGCUCCUCAAGCACCGCGAGGGCGUCGCGCGCCCUCUGAUUGAGAAUUUCAUCUCGCAUGUCCGCUCCCUUCCCGGGACGCAGAAGGUCGGCGCGCUGGGGUUCUGCUGGGGCGGUAGGUAUGCUAUUUUGGCGGCCCAGGCGCCUUUUUCUGGCGUUGCCGGGAGGGGUGUCGAUGCGGCGUUUGCGUGUCAUCCGAGUCUUGUUGCUAUUCCGGGGGAUUUUGAGCCGGUGUGUAUUCAUUCAUCGAUCUAUCUAUGCUAGAGCGAGUCAGGGAAAUGCUGAAAUUGAUGUCUCUAGGUCGUCGCCCCGCUCGGUCUCGCGGUAGGCGACCAGGACAGCCUCCUCAGCAAAGAACAAGACGAACAGAUCGCGGAAGUCUUCGAGAAGAAGGCUAAAGGGGAACAAGGGGAUCGCAUGGUCGGGGGCAUUGGAGGCUUCGAGAUGAAGAUCUACGAGGGCCAGGUGCAUGGAUUUGCGCUGAGGGGGGAUUGGAGUAGUGCGCGGGAUCAGAGGGCUAUGGGUGAGUUUUUUUUUUUCCUUCUCUGUUUUUUUUUCUGGGAGUGGGUAGGGGUGGUGUGUGUGUGGGUGUGGGAAUAUGAGGAUACUGAACUGAUUGUUUGUUGUAGAUGACGCGGAGCAGCAGGGUAUCGCGUGGUUCAAUAGGUUUCUGUCGUGA